AAUUCACAUAAAUAAAAAUAUAUAUGUUUUCUUUUGUUCAUCAUGAUACUCACAUUUUUUGUUGGGCUUUUUGUUUCUUUAGUAAAUACUCCUAUGGCCCAACGAAGGAAUGGAUGAGGCCCAAAGCCCACCAAGAAGUUCGAUAUUUCGAGGGCCAGUUCUUCAAAAAAGAGAAGAAAAAGAAAAAAAUCCGAUCGUGGUCGAACCAACCCGCGGCGGCGAUUAGUCGACCAAUCGCCAAAAGGGAUCGAUGCCGAGCAUUUCGGCCCUCUAUUCCAUUCAAGAAGUCUCACAGCACAGUUCCAACGACGACUGUUGGAUCAUUAUCGAUGGCAAGGUAUACGAUUUAACUUCAUAUUUGGAUGAGCAUCCUGGUGGAGAUGAUGUUAUUGUGGCUGCAACUGGCAGAGAUGCCACGGAUGAUUUUGAAGAUGCUGGUCAUAGCAAAGAUGCCAGGGAGUUGAUGGAGAAGUUCUAUAUCGGCUUGCUUGAUACAUCUUCCUUGGAUAGCCUAAAACUUGAAACGAAUCAAGUAGACGGUUAUGCAACUCGGGUUCAGACCUUGACAAAGCAAUACUGGAAGGCCCCUGUUGCAGUAAUUGGUAUUUCUGUGGUACUUGGUUGGGCAUACUUGCGCAAAAAGUGAUUCCUGUGCCAAUUAAAGGCUGUUGGCUUGUUGAGUUGAGAGAGUUGGUCUCAUUUUUGCUUCUUGAAAAACUUCAUAUUCGUUUCAAUAUAUUCAUACAAUGAUUGUGGUAGGUUCUUUGUUCCUUAGUAGUACUGUAGAAAGGAUUAUUUUCUUGUUAAUUGGUAGGUUUGUUUAUUUGUUUCCAUAGUUUCAUUAGAUGGGAGUUGGGAAAAUGGUUUCGGGUUCAAUGGAGUUUGAUCCAACUCCAUUGUCUCUUUUUGACCAAACUAUAUAUACUGUUCUCUACAUGCAGCAGUUAAUUUUGAGCCUGAAGACAUGUGACAUCUUA